GCCUGGCGAGGAGCGCGCCGGCCCGGCUCGGCGCCGGUACCCCAGGCGCUGGCGGCCGCCCCGCAGCCCCGGGCCGGACCAUGGCGACCGACAUCCCUCCUGAAGCCAUCAGCUUCUUGUCUGCAGUUGGGGUCUUUCUUGUUCUUCUGGUUGUCCUCUUCCUCUUCAUCAACAAGAAGCUGUAUUUCGAAACCACAGGAGGCCUUCCAUGCCUGGACCAACAAGGGGAGAGAAAGCACUCUAAAGACAAGACUGGGAUCCAUGAAGGGCUGGUUAACACCUUUGGAGUUGAUGAGAAGCUGCCCACAUCUUCUGACAGCGACGAGGAGGUUAUCAAACAAUUUGAGAUUUCUGUGCCCCGGUCCCAGAGUUUCCGCUCGGGAGCAUCUGAGAAAGGAAAGCAGACAGGACUGGAGCAUAAACCAAAACCCAGCCGCUGGCUUUCCACCCACGAAGAGGCCAGCACAGAAGUGUCUGCCUGCAAAGGUUUGGAUGGAGCCAGCCAACUGACUUAUUCUGAGAAUCUGUCUUAUGGCGAAGAUGACCGCAUCUCUGCCCACUCACAGUCCCCUCGUGAGGUGGGGGACACCAGGCACCAUGGCACAUCUCCCCAAGAGACCCGCGUGGUCCGCAGCCUCAGCCGGCAGUCCACACAGGGCAGCUUGGAGAUGGAGACAGCUUUUAAUAACCGGAGAUUUGAAGAUUCCUAUGCCACUGACAGCUCCUCCGUGUGGAGUCCAGAGGAACAGGAUGCAACCAAUUUUCAAGUGCCAUCUGGGGUCCCGGAGCCCAUCUCAAAAUGUGGUGGCCUGGAUGUCAUCUUCGAAUAUAGAGCUGCCAGCCAGAAGCUCACAGUGACCAUCGUAAGAGCACAGGGCCUCCCAGAUAAGGACCGAAGUGGCAUCAACUCCUGGCAAGUGCAUGUCGUGCUGCUGCCCAGUAAGAAACAGAGGGGCAGGACGAACAUACAGAGAGGGCCCAACCCCGUCUUCAAGGAGAAAGUCACCUUCGCCAAGCUGGAGCCCAGAGAUGUGGCUGCUUGUGCUGUCCGCUUCCGCCUGUACGCCACCCGCAAGAUGACCUGGGAGAGAAUGAUGGGCGAGAGGCUCUUCUAUCUCAGCCACCUGCACCAAGAAGGGGAAAUGAAAGUGACUCUGGUUCUGGAGCCAAGAAGUAAUAUCAUUAGUGGAGAGUCUCCGCUCAGCCCAUCUGCAGUUUCUCACAGUGACAGUGCUUCAUCCACGCAGUCGCUGUCACAUGGAGGGGCGCCAGAGCUGCUGGUGGGGCUAUCAUACAAUGCCACAACGGGGCGAUUAUCCGUGGAGAUGAUCAAAGGCAGCCAUUUCCGAAACCUCGCGGUUAACAGAGUGCCUGAUACAUAUGGAAAGCUCUUUCUUCUCAGUUCUGUGGGUCAAGAGAUGUCCCGCUGCAAGACCUCCAUCCGACGUGGUCAGCCCAAUCCUGUCUAUAAGGAGACCUUUGUUUUCCAGGUGGCCCUCUUUCAGCUCUCUGACGUUACGUUGGUGAUUUCUGUGUAUAACAGGCGUACCAUGAAGCGUAAAGAGAUGAUUGGUUGGAUUGCUCUGGGCCAAAACAGUAGUGGAGGGGAGGAGCAAGACCAUUGGGAGGAAAUGAAGGAGACCAAAGGGCAGCAGGUCUGCAGGUGGCACACUUUACUCGAAUCCUAGGUUUGCCAAGAGGUGUUUGUGGGCUAUACCUACCCUGGUGACCCGUGUUUUGAGUACUGAUACCAACUCAGUGCUUGCUGGCAGGCUUUUUUUAAAGACAGGCUUUAAGUAGGGAUUGGAUUCUAUUAGACCCUAGGACAUUCUGGGGGUGGAGGGAUCUUUGGGUUUCUCAAAGGUUUGAUUUGGAUUUAAAUACUGUAAUUUUUUUUAAAAGCCCAUAUGCACUGUCGAGUAUACUUUAUUGGAAAUGUUAUUGUAGUUGAGAUGAAUGAUGUUGAGUUAAUUUCUGUUAAUAGGUUAUUAAAUUUUGGUUCAGGCUAUAGAAGGAAGCUUCUCUGGCUGUCUCUGCUCCCUUCGAUUGCAAGGGAGAUGUUAAAAGUUACUGUUUGUAACCACUUGUGUGUAGGAAUCAGAAUUUUCUUAGUAUGGGGCAAAAUACUCCAAAAUACAGAAAUGAACCUGACGCCGAGGUUCAUAGAAGAAUGUAACUGUCAUCCAUAAUCCCCUAUUUCAUGUUUUUCUCUUUAUAAAAAAACCCUUCAUUUAUUUGCCUAACAAAUAAGUGUUAAACACUUACACUUAUAAAGCAAAUUUGAAUUAAAUACCUCUUUGUUUAUCUCACUUAUAUAUAGUGGUUUCCUAUGAGAUUUGGUUAGGUGACCCAUUUUGAAACUAAAAAAGAAUUCGAAAACUACUGUUGUAAGACAACUUGUCUCCUUUUGAGUAUGUAAGAUUUCAAAAUGAAAACUUUCUGGGUUUUUAUGCUGUUUUUCUCACCUAAUAAAUUCUUACAGAAUGAGAAGAAAACUGAAAAACCUAUUAAGUCAUGGAGGUAUUGAUUUUUCUGAAUCUAGUGUUCUCCUUCUAGAUUAUGCUUUUUCUAUAUUCAGUACAGUAUACUCACUCAUACAUAUAUUUUGAUUCUGUGUUUGCAUGUAAACCAUACUUUUUUAAUGCCAUAUUUUCCAUCAUCAGAGCAUAGUAAAUUGUAUACAAUGGAUCUUUAAUAGAUGUUGAUUUGAUUGACUCUUAGAAAUGAACAUGCUAUAACACCUGUGAAUGAAGAAUAUUUUCAGUUUGUAAGCAACGACCCUAAUUCUUCUUUGAGCAUUUGAAGUGCCUAUAAUUGUCAUUUUUUUCGUGGUAUUUGCAGCAACAUAUAUUAGUCACUACUUGCAUUUUGGGCACGUGCCAUUUAGAACACUGAUCAUGUAUGGUUAUGAGCAUGAAAUUUUACUUCUAACUGACUUUUACAUUUUUGUGCAGUGCAUGUUUAUUUUCUUAGAUCUGAGCCCUUAAUUUCAAUUACUUUAAAUUGGCAGUAAUAAGAAAAGGGAAGGAAUGUGUGUACAUGUAACACUGAGCCCCGUGUGCAGCUCUUCUGAGCAAUUGCUGUCACUUAUUUUUAGCUUUUAUGUUUCAUUGUUGACUUUUUGCUGUCUGUGGGAAGAGUGAUAGCUAGUGAUGGAUGUAUACAGUUAAAAACACAUAACUCCUCCUCAGCUCUACAUUUUGACAGAUUGUAAACGUAGGCUGUAACACUUGAAGCACAUAUUUAUUCCUUACAGCAUGUAACGGUUAUCCUGACAAGCCCAGACUAAGACACAGGAUAACUCGACUCUGAUUUGAAGCUUUUGAAAGAAGUCAUUUCAUAUGGAAGAAUCAGAAUUAGAAAAAUAAAUGAAUAUCUUAAUUUCUUUUCAGGGCAUGGGAGUUUCGGAUAUAAUGCUGCUCAGUUAUUGGGAACAAGUAGUAAAACCAUGCUCCUUUGGGGUUUUCCCCUGCCUUGCUUUGGAAGACCUCAAAGUGCUUUUCCAACAUCGUAUCCAUUAACUGCUGAGUGGUCUUUGCAGUGCGGCUGUGUCAUGGAGUAGAACUGAGUGCAAUUGAUUAAGUAGCAGCACAAAGAAUUGGCUUUUCACAUCCCUUACUCUCUUUAUGCGCCUGUGCUUAAAGGGAAGCAGAGCAGCCUUGUUAUGCUUUCCUUUCUGCAGUGACAUAAAAGCAGCAUUCACUUUAAAAUUUACAUUUGAAAAAAUCUGCAUCUAUUGUACAGACAGGCCUGGAUGUUUUCUCCUCAUAUUUUCCUGCUCAAUGUUUUGCCGCAUCCCUUGUCUCAUAGAGCCCAAUAGUCACCUAUACUUCAUUUGCUGCUGCCUUGCCUCACCAUUUCUAAGGUUUUCUGCCGGGGUAGUGAAAAUAUCCUUGUGUGUUUGAUCUGCUUUCUAAUAGUCUGCUUAUGAUACAGUUUACAGAAAUUUUAAGGGAAGAAUGCCUGAAAAGCAUUUUUCAUUUGUAUAAUUUUACCAUGUUGGUGCUAUUUACCAUGUAGGAUGCAUGUACAUCUUGAAUAUCUAGCAACGUUCACCCUAAAGCUGAUUGUAUAAAUAUAAAAUGCUAAUGACAAGUUACAUCAAAAUAUGAGGUGAAUUUUUUUUACAUAGACUUGAAAUUCUGGUUUAGUAAAAUCUUUUCUUUUUGUGCACUUAAAUUUCCUUAUUUUCUUGGCGGAGUCUAGACACAAUGCACUUAACAUGUUUUUCACUUGAGCUUUUAUAUCUGCAUUUGCUUUUCAAAGGAGUUACGAAAGAUAAUUAGUUGCUUCUGCCGUGUUAAAGCUGCUUUUGCCUAUUUCAUCUAGCUAAUAAUUAAUAUCUCAUAGGGACAUACGAAAUUGAAGAAGCACUAAUAUUUGUUGCUUGAGUAGUUCUUUCCAUGAGUUUUUCCCGAAGAGAAUGCUUUUAAAAUACUAUUGUGGAGGGUAAAUGGUGCACUAGGUUUAUGGAAAGCUGGUUUCCAGCGUGCCUUCUUUCAGGGAAUGAGUUUACACUGAAUCGAGAAGUGCCCAUUUCCCCAAACACGGUGGUGACUCUUGCGUUCUCUGCGCCCCUCUGACUAUUGUUGAAUUUUUAAAUGGGCCAUUCACCAGGCAGCCGAGCACCUGCUCUCACUUCUCUCCUUCACUGGCUCCCAGUGUGAUGUGCAGUUGUUUUGGAACCUCUUUUUGCUCCUGUUGCAUAACUAUGAGGGGGGAGGUCUUGCCUUUCUUAACAGAAAAAGAGCUUGUAAUGUCUUCGGAAGUAAUAGACCUGGCAUUCCACCUGUGCAAAGUUUGAGACAGAAUCCCCGCCAUGAUGGGAAGAGAAAAAGAGAGCAUCGUACUGCAUUGUCGCUCACUUUAGGCACUGUUCACUCUGCAACUCCUUCCAUGACAGUGACGUAUUGACCUCAAAUGUGGGUAUUCUCCAUAGUGCUAGGUGCCACAGCGAGCCUGAAACACAGCCUCUGCCUUUGCAACAUGUAGCACCCACAAUAUUUUAUAAAUUGUUAACAAGUCUCGGUCAGUCACUGUGUUUUACAUUCUGGCUGUACCACAUGGUCUUAGCUGACAACCAAAACUCUUUUCUUUUCAAGUAAUGCAUUGUUUAAGUUGAAACUCCCAUCAGGUUAAGUGAAAAUCCUUCUCUGAUAGCCAUUGAAUUGAUUAAAUUCAUGGUUCAGUGUGGACCAUGGAACUGGGGGUUUCUGAAAAGCCUGGCUCUCCUUUUGCAGCAGAGGGCUUAGUACAUGAAGAUCAAGAAAGUGAGUAGGAAAAGAUUAUUCGUAGACGACUUAAAACCAAAUGCAGGCAUAUCCUUUAAUGGUGAAGAAACAGGGCUAGAAAUUACAUGUGGUCCCUCCUCUUACCUUUGAGUAAACUGUGACUAAAGAGCAUUCCAUUCUGUUUGAUCCACGAUGAAAGCAAAUGAUAGAUAAUCCUGAAAUGGCAGAAGUAUUUUUUACUGUAUUAAAAAUCAUUACUGUAUUAAAAAUCAAAAAGUUAGGCAAAACUAUAAAACAAAUUAUAUAGCAUGAGUAUGGAAGAAUUAAAGAAUAAAUAAAUAUGCUAUAUACUGCCAGUGUCUGUUACAUAUAUGCAAGAAGAGUAAACAAAUGUAAACCAAAAGCCAUUUUAGAUUAAGUAUCAUUUUUCACAACUUGUGGAAUUCUGGAAAAUACUUUAAGUUGGGGAGAAUGAAAUUGGUCUAACGCAACUCAGAGAAGUCGGCACAGGCUGUGGUCUUAGCCUGGGUUUGGAUGAACUUUGCCUACUGUGUGGCCUUAAGAAAAUUAACUUAGCCAGCCUGUGACCCUGUUUAUUCAACUGGAAAAUGGAAAUAAUUCCUACCUCAUAAGGUCUUGUUGUUGUUUUUUUCCAAUAAUGAAAUAACAGCAUAGAGAUGGGCAUAUGGUAACCAUUCAGUGUUGCCCUCUCACAAUCAUGCUUUAAAAAAAUGCAUUUAAGAUUUGUUUCUCUUUCUAGUGAAAGUAAUAGUAAUGCUAGAGAAAAACUAAUAACAAUUUUCAGAUACUUUAAAAAGGGUAGGCACAUGAAGCUAGUCUGGAAGGUAGCUCUGCUCACCAACUAUACCACUGACACUACAUGAAGCUAGUCUGAAUUUGGGGCAAGCUCAACUGGGAUAAGCCUGGUGUAUGGAGGAAACUGAGUCUUAAUAAACCCCCAGUGAGGUAUAAUGACCAAAUCUUUUAUCCACCCUGGUGCUUUUGUGCACAUCUUGGUAAAUCACACUCAUGGCGUCUCCUCACACCCAGCUCUUCUCUACUGUUCAUAUGUGGACAGAGCACCUUGUUCCCAUCAAAAGAGCUGGUAAAGAUGGCAACUUGAGUACCUAUUUCAACUUCGAUCUGAAAAGUAAAAUAAAUAAUGUGGCACUAUACUGACACUCUUUUCAAAAUGGGCAACAUUCUUUUUUUGGGCUUAUGUUACAUAUUCAUGUUACAUACGUAUAGGUAAAAAAUUUUAAAGAUCUAAUAAUGCAGCUAUUCAAACUUACCUAACUGUUCAACUGGGAAGUAAUAGGACCAAUUAUUUAUCUGUUUCCCUUCAGAAGUCAUAAUUCAAAGGAAUUCUAUCAGGGUUGAUACUCUUUUUUAGAAUGGUUUUUAAGAGUGACUUGUUGAUGUAAUAGAGAAUGUGUUCAGUUGUCCUCUGGUGUUCAAACCUUAAGUAAAGAGGAGAGUUUCCUGAGAACUUAGAAGAGCCUUUGUGGACAUUUGAUCUGAAGAAGUGGUCAGCAGCAAACCUCCUCAUGUUGGGCAUAACCAGGUGCCAUGAACCAGUCACGCAUACGGUGGUUUUAAACUGAGCAGGGUUCUGGGAUGGGGAAGUGUGAGGCCACAUUCCCAAAGUUGCCAAAUUGCCAAAGUGUUAACUCAAGUCCUACGAUUCUCAGUUAAGGAGAAACAUGAAGAAAUUGGAGAAGGAUCGCUUAGGGGUUUUAGUUGGGAAUAAUUUAGCACGUAGGGAAGUUAAAGGGGUUGGAUAGGUAUUGAGAAAGCUGAGGAGUGAUUUCUAGGAACAGUUAUCUAGAAUGUAAAGAGCUCUUACCAAGAGGAUGACUCACCCCCUGUCUUCUUAACAUGUGGACAGAGUCAGAGCUUCCACCUAAAGCAAGUCAAGAGAGUUUAACUGAGAUAUAAGGAGAAUGAUAUGAAGAGGGUUUUGCGCUAAUUCACAACGUAUUCUUUGGAUUUCCUUGUCUCUUUGAGAUAGCACGGGACUUAAAAAUCUUUUUGGAGUGCGGUGACUACACUUUGAAGCAAUGUCACAAUAAAAACAGCAAUGCUUACCAAGCUACAGUUGUUCAAUUAGUCUAAUCAUGUACCAUGAAAAGUCAAGUUUCUUGUUUUGAGUUAUUGGAAACAGGUGAAAUGUAUCAAUUCAAUGUAUUGGAAAAAUCCUCUAGGAAACCCAGGACUUGGAGUAGGCCUUGGUCACAUUGCAGGGGGAUCACCAAGGGAGAUCACAGAAUCAUCACCUUUGGAAGUCUUUUAAAAUAGAAACAUCAAAAAAAAGAAAAAGAAAAGAAACAUCUGCAUGAGCUGUGGGUUCCGACUAAAGGGGAACAGCAGGGCACCCAGGAAGACAGCCUUUCUAAAGUUCCUUCUGAGCCUAAUAUUUUUAUAUGUAACCUCCAAACAGGAUCAACAAUAACAGGACUCCAGGCCUGCCCUCUUCCCCUUUGGGCAUUUUUCCACACUGAUUUUUCUCUGCAUCAUAGAAGGCUUUUGCCAGGGAGUGCCUGCUCAGGCUUUGUUUAGGUGACUUUGGGGAUGCCUGCAGGCUCCAGGCCUUGGGGUUUGGGAAAAGAUAUCAGAAGGCUGCCAAUGAAAACUCUGAUUGGUGAAGAACAUGUACACUAGAAGAACAUUUCCAUGUAAGUUAUUCCAUAUAAUACAUUCACUUUCUAGGGCUGUGUGUCUCUCAAGAGUCUGUCAAGUUCUUUAUAGUUGGCACCUUCAGCAAGGCUUACUAAUUUUGCCACAUUUCCUUGUGGACCAUGGUAAUGUUUAUUAAUUUACAACUAUCCCCAAAUAUAAUGUAGUUUUUAUUAUGCCACCAUACCAAUGCAGCCACAAGUUAAACUUUAGUGUUAUGAAACGCAAAGUCUUUCCCAGAAUUUUUAAUUUAAUUUUAUUGAAGAUUCUAUUAUUUUAAGUUUAUGAAUAAGAAGUUAGUAUUUGCAUACUUUAUUGUGACUGAGAAAUUUCUGUAAAAAUAUCUGUUGGAAUAAGAUUUGACCUCUAUUUUUGGGAAAUAAAACAUGAUGGUCCUUGUGAUCUAUUUACUUUUUAAAAGAAUUUAUAAACAAUUUUUUUUAGCGAUUUUAAGUUCACAGCUGAAUUGAGCAGAAAGUGCAAGUAACUCCCUUCCCCUACACUUACACCUCCCCCCGCCCCCAUCCCGCCCCACUAUCAACAUCCCGCACCAGGGUAGGUACAUUCGGUACUAUUGAUGAACCUACAGUGACACAUUCUUGCCAUCCAAAGUCCGCAGUUUACAUUAGGGUUCACUCCUAGGUGUUUCACUACCCUAAAAAUCUUUUGUGUUUUGCUUAUUCGUCCCUCUCUGCUGACUCUUGGCAACUGGUGAUCUUUUUACUGUCUCCAUAGUUUUGCCUUUUCCAGAAUGUCAUAUGGUUGGAAUCAUACAGUGUGUGGUCUUUUCAGACUGGCUUCUUUCAUUAGUAACAUGCAUUAUAGGUUCCUCUAUGUCUUUUCAAGUCUUGAUAGCUCAUUGCUUUUUAACUCUGAGUAAUAAUAUACCAGUCUGGAUAUACUGGUUUGUUUAUUAUCUGUUUAAUUUUAUUUGCAGUUUUAAUUACUAUGUUACAUUUUGUUAAUGUGCCUGAUCUCAAGAAAAAUAGAUGGAUUAAUUCAUAUGGUUCAUCAAAUAAAAUGUAGCAACCUCCAAUCUGGAAUCAAUUUUACCUAUGUGAUAUUGAGCUUACUUUACAUUUGAGGAGAAGAUUCAUGAAAAUAAUCACAUAAUUUUAUCAUUUAUGUUAACAUAUCUAAGCCCUUUCCCCUUCCUUUAGAAUCUAGGCAGGGAAAGUUUCGAAGGCUCUGAGGACGUGAUCCCCAAAUUUAGAUACUCUGUGGUGUUUUUGUUGUUGAGCAGUGAUUUAAAUAUGCAUUGAUAAAAAGUACUAAUUACAUUAUUACUGAUUCAUGACCGAAAACCACCUCUGUUACUAGUUUAUAUGACUUGACAUUUAUCACUGCUGCCAAGAGAAAGGAAGCUUUGUGAUUGUGGCUUGUCAUAGUCAAUUGUACAGAUUAGCCAAAGGUGGUAUGUAAGCAUCUGGAUCAUACAGGAGCUCUGAAUUCUGAAUGGAAGGAUGAGCCCUGAUCAUGCGUAGGCUGACUGAGCAAGCGGUGGGUGAUGGAGUGAUAACACCGAUAAUCACACUGGGCGAAGGGGGAGGCUUGACUGAUGAUCAAUAUCUGGUGAACAUUUUGACAUUAUUUAUAUGUGUACUGAUUACCCUUUGCUUUGUAGCUGCAGCAACUUGUGGAACUGGGCAUUAUUGAUUAUUGCAGGGAUGAAGGUGUGGUUGUAGAAGGAAUACUGGAUUAGGUGAAUGAGGCCUCUGUUCUGGUACCAAACCUUCCCCCCAUCUGGUACCAAAUGAGCUCUAAAAUGAAUGUCAGAUCACAAGUUCUCUAAGCCUUCGUUUUUGCAUCUGUCACAUGGGAAGGGUAAUACUCAUUUUACUUAUUUUUGCCAGGUUGUUGUAAGAAAAAGUUUCAUUCAUCCCUUCAUUAAUAUAACAAACACUCUGGGUCCCCACUGUGUACCAGGGCCAUAGGGCUAAGUAACAGAUGAAAAAAUAUUUUGCAGAAUUAAGAGUUUCUGAAGACUGUGAGAUGUUUCAUUAUUUUUAUUUUAAGGUAAAUCAAUUCUUACUUAUAUCCUAGUAAUUGACACUUUUAAAUCUCUGCCAGUCAUUGAGCUGUAUAUUCAUAGAAUGUCAGUAAUUUGACUAAAAGUUAUAGUUGGAAUGGUCUUUAGCCAUUCCCCCUCUGAGAAGAUAAAAAUAAAGUAUUAUCUUCUAAUUCUUUUGCUCAGACACCCUGACCACAGAACAAAUUACAAAUCCAUCUUUUCAGUAGGCUUGCCAAUCUUUGAGUUGAACACAGACCUUUUUUUAAGAACAUUUUAACUUCAAGCACAAGGAAAGUAUUAAAUUGAAUAGCAUUUUUUUUUUACAAAAUGGGAUUUUAAAUACAGUAUUUGGAAAGAUGCUUCCCCCACCAAAAAAAGGUCCUUCAAUCUACAUUAUUAUUUUUCUUCUGAAGAAUCAGUCUCCUCCACCUCUCUGCUCUCACCCACAUAAUCAUUUUCUUCCUAAAUAGCAUUUAUUAUCUCCCAGAAAAAAGUAAAGAUUAAAAGAAAUAUUUUCAAGGUACAUCCAAGAUUUCAUAGCAAUAUUUUGUAUUCACAAUGCAAGAUAAAUCUGACUCUUGAUUUUUUUUUU